CUGAUCAAGUUUAACACGUGCGUGAACGCGACAGAUAAGUGGGCUUUCACACCGCUGCAUGAAGCUGCGCAGAAGGGCCGCACACAGCUGUGUGCACUGCUGCUGGCGCACGGCGCUGACCCCACCAUGAAGAACCAGGAGGGACAGACAGCUCUGGACCUGGCCACGGCUGAUGAUAUCCGUGCGCUGCUGAUGGACGCCAUGCCCCCUGAUGCCCUGCCCAGCUGUUUCAAACCGCAGGCCACCGUGCUCAGCGCUGCUCUCAUAUCACCUGCCUCCACACCCUCAUGCCUCUCCGCUGCCUCCAGCAUCGAUAACCUGGCCGGGCCCCUCAGCGACGGGGCCAGUGGAGGGGCUACAGGACCCGCUGAUGGGGCCUCCGGAACUGAGCGCAAGGAAGGAGAUG